AUGAUCAAUAAGCAGAGUGACUGGGAUGGUAGCAUGGAAGGACACGGUCACCAAGAAGAAGAGGGCUUGACAAUCAAUGCCCAGCUUUUGGCAAAGGACUCUGUUCAAAAUCUGGCAACAUCUCUAUCCCUUUUGGGAAAUCACAUGUUUCCUGAUUCUGUGAAUAAAAGCGACAGCAAUGGAGUUAACAUGGAGGCUGCUGCUGAUUCAGAUACGUCAAGUAUUACAACUGAGGAUCCUCGUACUGAAUCAAAAACAAGUGCUGACCAGAUGACAAGCGCAGAAACAGACAGUGCAUCAAUCACUGAGGAUGCUGCUACAGACAACAGCCAAAGCGACUCAGGAGAGUUUGUCGUAACAAUGCUGGCGAAGGCUAAGCUUGAAGAGCAGGGUUUAGGGGUGAAGGGCCAAUCAUCUCCCCUUCUGGAAGCAGGGACCCAGGAUAUGCCAGCAUACAUGUCUCACCGUGAAGAAGAUGUGACCGCAGAGAGCUGGAGACAGCACAGGAAGCAUGUGUUUGUGCUGAGUGAGGCAGGGAAACCAAUCUAUUCUCGGUAUGGAAGUGAGGAGGCGCUCUCGUCCACAAUGGGAGUCAUGAUGGCCUUGGUGUCUUUUGUGCAAACAAGUGACAACAUCAUCCGCUCUGUCUAUUCUGAUGGGCAUACUGUGGUAUUCCUUCAAAAGGGGCCCCUGGUUCUGGUCUGCGUCUCAUGCACUCGUCAAUCCGAACAACAACUUCGGAGUGAACUCAUGUACGUCUAUCAUCAGAUCAUCAGCAUGCUGACCCAGGCCAGCAUCUCCCGCAUUUUUGAGCACAAGAAGAACUACGACCUUCGGAGGCUUUUGGUUGGUUCUGAGAAGAUUCUGGACGGUCUUCUCAACUUGGUGGACUCGGAUCCUAGUUUUUUGCUUGGAGCCGUGCACUGUUUGCCCCUUGCCUCAUCUCUCAGGGACUCCUUAAGCCAGAUCUUGCAGAAAGCUAUCACAUCAAAUCUUGUCUUCUCCAUUCUCAUUGCGAAGAACCAGCUGCUAACUAUUGUCCAAGAAAAAACUGUAAUUGAAGAUGCCAGGUUAGAGCCAGCCGAUGUCCACCUUUUGUUAAAUCUCAUCGGGGCAUCUUCGGCUUUCCAGGCUGGAGAAAUUUGGACUCCAAUAUGCCUCCCUUUAUUUAACCCUGACUGUUAUUUUUAUGCAUACAUUUCCUACCUGGACCCCCCCGAAUGCACUGUUUGCCUGCUGCUGCUCUCAACAGACAAAGAAGCUUUUUAUGCUGUAGCAGAGUGUAAGAGGAAGAUUGAGGAGGCCAUGACGGCUCAAAACUCACUCAGCCUCAUUGACAAAGCACAGGCCUAUAGCGUGAGCCAGGUGGGAGUUUCAGACCUCAGACACUUCAUGUACAAGCCUUUCGAUGUACCAGAUAACUACCGGCAGCUGUCUCAGUUCACCAGCCCAGAGAUGGAGGCUCCAUACAGCAGUGAGGAGGAGAAGACCAGGCUGCUUGAUCUUUACCGAUACAUGCACAGCCGAAUCCACAGCAGUUCGCGACCUCUCAAACUCAUUUACCAUGUGGCAGAGAAGGAGACCAUGCUUGCUUGGGUCACAAGUAAAUUUGAGCUCUACACCUGUUUCAGUCCUCUGGUGACCAAGGCCUGUGCCAUUACCGCUAUCACUAAACUUUUACGCUGGAUCAAAAAAGAGGAGGAGCGCCUCUUCAUUCGAUACCCCCCAAAAUACUCAACCACUCCUAACCCCAGCAAGAGCUCUCGAAGCAGCAAAUCAGACCAGCAAGACUCCACAGACAACGGAUUCCUAUCCCUCCUAUGA